CCUUCCGCCUUCCGCCUUCCGCCUUCCGUCUCGUAAGGAGCGACUAAUCGGCCGCGGAAGAAAAACACGAGGGAAAAAAACGGUCCCACGGGUCAGGGAAAUGUCACUCCCCGCGCCUCGUGGAAACCGACCCGAUACGCACUAGCUCGAUCCUCUGGGCUUUCGGGAACCCAUCCAGGGAAUUCCGACGCGAUUGUGGAACAAGGAAAAGCACGUGUUAUCGAGCCUACGGCCGGAUUUGCCCAUGACGCGCGAACCGAUCGGAACGGAUGCCGUCUACUUGGAAAGUAACGAGGAAUCCCCACCCUGCGUGACGAGUCUGGCGGGGGUUUGAAGAAUUUUUCAAAUCCAGGCACUCCCUGGGGCGAAACCCCGAAGCGUUGCACCUCGCCCUGCGGAUUCCUGCGGACGCCUUGUUUUCAAGUGAAGCUGCUUUCCGUGUACGCGUCACUUUGACGCGCGGACCUCGCUCUGCAUUUUCAUCCAAAUUAUUGACCGUUAAAUAUUCAUUUUCAGUUUUUCUUAACGUUGCGCCGAUUGCCCUGGGUCGUCCAGAAUGAUCUUGAUCUCGAAGGUUCUCGCUUUCGCAUACUAAUCUUUUUAAUUAUUCACUGUGCCAGGUGCAUCGUUGACGUGAGGAAAUGUAGAGCGAAGUCUGCGCUUCAAAGUGGUACAUAACGUGGACACGAGGGAAAGAACUUGAUUUGAAAACAGGACGUUGAAUGUUGAACGGCAAAGACGGAAACAACUGGCUGGGCGAGCUAAUUUUCUCUUCUCCUUAAUUUCACUCCUCGGGAUUUUUCGCGAAAAUGCGGACCAGAAGAAAUGCGUCGCCUCUUUCCUCGUGGAUACUCUGGUUUCUCCUCGAGCCCGGUCGUGCCAGAGACUCUCAGGAGGACUUCUCCCGGUUCGGAGGGAACCGAUCGAACUGCAAUUCUCUACAGUUCUCGUGUAAAAACGGAGAAUGCAUAGACAGCGACAGGCUUUGCGACGGUCGAGCGGACUGCCGGGACAGAUCGGACGAGACCAGCGAGGAGUGCACCAAGCCAGGAUUCUACUGCCCGGAGUAUGCAUUCCGUUGUAAUUACGGAGCCUGCGUGGACGGGGAUGCACCGUGCAACAAAGUGAGGGACUGCGUCGACAACAGCGACGAAACCCUGCCGAGGUGUUUCGGCUCCUCUUCCUCGGGAGGAGGUUCCUCUUCGGGAGGGGAUUCCGAUAUAGUAUUCCCGACGGGCUGCUCCCAGCAUCAGGUCAAAUGCGACAACGGCCAAUGCAUCGAUGCCGUUGCGCUCUGCGACGGUGCCAGGAACUGUUCGGAUGGGUCCGACGAGUCGUCCAGUCGAUGUUCGACCAACGUUUGUCCCCAGGUGGUGUUCCGCUGCAAGUACGGCGCUUGCGUAGACGGCGACAAGGCGUGCGAUGGGCGCGAAGACUGCGCCGAUGGAUCCGACGAGGCCCCGUCCCUCUGCAGGAAGCCGACGACCACGACCCAGAGAUCAAGACCGUGGACACCUACGCACUCCUACACCCAGCCGACCAGGCGAACGACCAAGGAGCCAUCCAGAGGCACUACCUUGCCAUCGACCUGGCCCUUGAAACCGAGACUGCCCUGUCGCGUUCCCGAGCAGCCCAGAAAUGGAAGGUGGCGGCUGCACGCCGCUCAGUGCCAAACCGACCAUCCUUGCACGGUGCCCAGCGAGGUGAGGUCCUUCGAUCCUGGAACCACGUUGAUCUACACCUGCAACCGGAACCACAAGCCGAGGGAACCCGUCAACGUUAUCUGCGGCCCCGAGGGAAAAUGGCUGAACGUCCCGAAUUGCACCGAGAUCACCUGCAAGCCACUUGGUUCGGCUUCCCUGGACGCGUCCUGCACGUACGAAGGGUCCUACGCGUCCUGCGACACCCACGUGAGGCCCAGGACCAUCGCCUCGCUGAGCUGCUGCAACAGCUACCAAAAAGACACGUCCUUGUUACCGACCCACAGAAACAUCGUCACCUGCAACGAGAACGGCGAAUGGGAGCCGGAGCCCAUUAGAUGCGUGCCAGUAUGCGGCGUAAUGCCCGCGAGGACGACCCCCUUUAUCGUGAACGGCAGCACGCCGGAUAUCUCCGAUUUCCCCUGGCACGCCACCCUCUACAGGGUCGACCGAAGGGGCGGCAAAAAGAAAUUCAUUUGCGGAGCGACCGUCAUUCAGAGCAACCUCUUGGUCACCGCGGCUCAUUGCGUCUUCGACGAGAACACCAAGAGGGUCAGGGACCCGAAGCGGCAUUACAUAUUGACAGGGAACAUCUUCCGGGAUUACGACGACCCGUCGCACAACCCGCGGGUGGUUCAACGAGCCGAGGUGAAGAACAUUUACAUCAACUGCAGAUAUCUCGGCGUCUCCGGUAACUACGCCUGGGAUAUCGCCAUCAUCGAGAUCUCGCGGCCGUUCGUUUUCUCUGCCUUGCUGGUUCCCAUCUGCCUGGACGUCGCCGGUGACACCGACAGAAUCGCCCUUGAGGUCGGCAGCUAUGGCAAGGUCGCUGGCUUCGGCAGGACUGCUCUCGGGGAGACCAGUGCCAUUUUGCAGUACAUCACGGUACCCUAUGUGUCCAUCAAUCAGUGCAAAUCUGCUGGCAGUGCUCUGGACAGCGACAGAUACAUCACGAUGGACAAAUUCUGCGCUGGAUACACGAAUGGUACAUCCGUCUGUGACGGCGACAGCGGAGGUGGAUUUGUAGUCAAGACUAAGGAUCUCUGGUUCUUGCGUGGAAUCGUGAGUGCCGGUAUCGGCCAAACGUUGGAAGGUGGAACGACGGCUUGCAACAGUUUCACCUACUCCCUGUACACGAGGGUCUCCGACCACAUGGCUUGGAUACAAGAUAUAAUACUCAAGUUAGAAUUAAAUAAGCCCAUCCCGGCUUGUCCUAAUAAUUCGUAAGUCUUUUUAUACCGUUCUGACGAAUAAAUCGGUUGGUUUGUGUCGA